UUUAGGGACUUGCAACCAUUGUAAGCCGGACUCUCCUUUAAGAGGUGAAGCACUCUACACUACUCCGAGGCAAACUCUAAACUAGGUUAAUACAGAGUAAGCACAAAAAGUGUCGGUCAGUCUACCGCGAAUAUUCCGCAACCGAUGCAAAUUCUGACUAGGGUUACUUGACAUUUAUCUCUAUGAACAAGCAUAAUCCACGCGACUCCCGGAUCGAGUCGGCAAGAUUCAAUUGAAGAUAAUGGGAACGUUUGCUUUGCUUCCUCUGCUUCUGAGUCUCCAGGCCUUUCUGCACAUUAAGCCAGUUAAACUUCAACAAUCCUGUGCAAUAACAGCCGAGGGGCGUGCAGCAGACUGUAAAGGUCUUCGGCUAAACAAUGUGCCAGUUACACAACUUCCAGCCUGUGUGGAAGUGCUCGACCUCUCUUUCAAUACCCUUCAAGUCAUCCACAAACAAGACUUUCUUAAUUUCAGUCAUCUGCGAGUUCUCACGCUUAGUUUCAACAAUAUCUCACUGAUUGCGGACGAUGCCUUUCAGGGAAAUCUUCAGCUGCAGGAACUUAAUUUAUUUAAUAAUUCCUUGACACAAAUUCCUCUCAAAGCUCUGGAGUCGCUCAGACAUUUAAAGAUUUUAGAUUUAUCCAAUAAUAUGUACACACAAGCUUUUCUGGGUCCUGGUUUAUUGAAUUUAAGUCAGUUAAAAUUUUUGUCUAUUGGUGGACCCUUGGUCAGUAUUUUGGGAAAAUUUGACAUUUAUGUGUUAAGGAACUUCUCAUUACACAAGUUUGCCAUUAAAACCGGUACUGGUCUUAAAACUUAUGAAACUGGGUUUUUCAAGAACCUCAGAACAAAAAGCUUGUGGCUAGACAUAGCUUUGGACAAAACACCAAAUGUGCUCCCAGACAUAUUAAAAGACUUAGAAAACAAAACAUUUGAUGUUCUACGUUUCCGAAAUCUUUUUGAAUUUCAGUACUACACAGGUAAACAGGAUAUUUUUUACGGCCUGCAGCGUGUGAAUACGCAAGUGUUGACCUUUUAUCGAGGCAAAUUCAAUGAGCAAGUUCUGAGAAUGGCUUUAGAAAAUGUAGCUAUCAGUCAAAUAAAAGUCCUGGAACUUCUAUAUAUAGAUUUUGCACGUUCACAGAACAUAACACAAGGAUCCAGCGUGAAAAACCUGACUUUGGAAAGGCUGGUUCUUUCGGACAUCAGCAAUCCAGAUAUUAUUCGCUUUGACUGGCGCUUUACCUGGCUCAAUCAUAUCCGUCAAAUUAUGAUAUGGAACGUGAACUUCAACUCCGUCCCUUGUGACUCAUUGCAAGAGAUGAAAAACGCCAAGCUACUCGACAUCUCUAACAACCAACUGAGGGACAGUUAUCUUUAUUACCCGCUAUGUAACAACAGAAACACGUUGCUUUUACUUGAGACCUUUAAUGUCAGUCGUAAUCGGCUAACCAGUCUCUUUGAGUUGGCAUCUCUGACUGAGAACUUUGUCAUGCUGAAAACAAUCGAUAUGAGCUACAAUCAAAUGCAAUAUAUAGGAAACCGUGUCUGCAACUGGAGAAAGACCAUUACCAAAGUAAUCGCUAAUCACAACAGCCUGAUGAGCAACAGUUUUAGAUGCCUCCCCACCUCGGCAAUCUACCUCGAUAUUUCAUACAGCGACAUAGACCAACUUGACAUGGACUAUUUUAAGAAGGCUUCCAACCUGACAGUGCUCCUCCUUAGCGGCAACAAGAUCAAGUUCAUCCCAUCCGGCUGGAGGAAUCCAUUUCUGGGUACACUCGCUUUGGAUGGAAACUCAUUUGGUCUCAUUAGCAUGACAUCUUUUAAGGACAUGCCUAGCCUUCGUGUACUGACUGCAGGAAACAACCCUUAUCACUGUACCUGCGAACUUCAUACCUUCAUACAAGAAACCACAAGCAAAGGAAAGGUGAACAUAACGGACUGGCCGAACAACUACAAAUGUUACCACCCCGAGCGUCUUCUCAAUACAAUGGUGUUCAAAUACUUUCCUGGUCAUAUAGCCUGUGAUAUUCAACUGGUUAUCAUCAUAUCUGUGUCGGUAACAGCUCUUGUUGUACUUGCAAUCGUGCUUGUGUGCUACAUCUUUCAUGUGCCCUGGUACAUUAAAGCUACAUACCAGAUCAUCAGAGCUAAGUACAGAGCCCAUAAAGAAGGUUCUGAUCAGGAUAUGAACUACACAUUUCAUGCCUUCAUUUCAUACAGUCACUCGGAUGCAGAUUGGGUCCGAGAGCAACUGCUGCCCUGUCUAGAGAACGCUCGGCCUCCUUAUCGACUCUGCAUCCACGAAAGAGACUUCCUUCCAGGGAGGUGGAUCAUCGACAACAUCAUUGAGAACAUUGAAAAUAGCCGCAAGGUCAUCUUCGUGUUGUCCCGCAGUUUCGUGAACAGCGAGUGGUGCAACUAUGAGCUCUACUUCACUCAACAGCGGGCCAUCGGCAAGACGUUCAGUGAUGUCAUACUGGUCCUAAAGGAACCCAUUGAUCCCACCUCCUUGCCAAGUAAAUUCUGCAGACUCAAAAAGAUGCUCAGUACCAAAACUUACCUGGAGUGGCCCCAGAAACCCACAGAGCAGUACUACUUCUGGGUCCAGCUAAGAAGCGUUCUGGGCAAACCAAACGUAAUACGAGAGCGCACAGCGAGCCGGCAUAGCCGUCUGUCUUCAGUGAGGUCGGUGUCCCAGAUUGAGUUGCCACUUGAGAACCAGAGGUCUGCAGAUAGUAAAGGAAAAGAUGAAGAUGGCCACCAGAUUAGCAAAAAGACUUAAAAUAGAAGUCAACUGUCUGAUGGAGAACAUGCAUAAGAAUAACCAGUGGCAGCGAUGACUUUAACAGACAAAAGGGAUUUUAUUUUUCUACUUGCAGAAGGAUCACAACAUUACUGUGUACACAGCAUUGCAGGCUGUUUCCAACGUUUUUAAAUAAGGUUUGCGUGAUUUAUUUGAUUGGAAAAAUCUGGAAAAUGUUUCAGAAAUUCAUUACUCAGUCAAUGAGCAAAACAAACAUGAAAUAAUGACUCACUGAACCUGACAUCACCAAUGCUUGCUUUGACAAUCAAUAACGUUUUAUUAAGCUUAGCAUGCAAGCAUACUGUAUUUACACACAUUGAUUAGGCCAGAACAGCAAUACUGUCAACCAACUUAUGUUUACUAAAACAAGUUAUAUUACUGCAAUAAAACCCAUGAUGAUCGCAUAUAUUAUAUUGUUAUAUCUGGCUCAGAGUUUUACACACAACUAAUUAAAUUAUGUUUUACAAAGUUCAAAUUA